UGCCUAUGGCUAUCGAGCUUGUUCUUGAUACUGCACUCAUCGAUCUGUCUGUCAUUUAGAGAAGAUAUCAAGGGCAUUGUAGUAACUGUGAUUGGGUUGGUGGGAAGUGUGGGAACCAUCUCUAGAAAUUGGAAUCAGCGCCUGACACAAUUCCCAUGCUUCUUCCACCUUGCGACUUCCGUUUCUACGUGAGAUGCUCGCUACCCUUGUGUGAACCGUCUGUGAGGGGAGAGAGAGAGAGAGCGAGAGAGGCAAAUUAAGCAACUUCCUCAGCAGGGAGAGAGAGAGAGAGGCAAAUUAAGCAACUUCCUCAGCAGGGUUCUUUAGAUUUGAAGCAAAUAGGAGCUGCGAUAUAUUAUAAAAACCAAACAGGGAGGCCGGUCGGAGGAACAGAGAGACCCUGUUGCUUCUCUCUCUUUACUUAGAGAUAUCCAUUUCCUGGAGACUUGAGAGAGAGAGAGAGAGAUGGCGGCAAAAGGGAACUGGAGUAGCAACAGAGGGAGGCCAUAUGCGAUGAUGCUGCUUUUAGCGUUUGGGGCAGCAGCGUUGGGUGUAAUGGUGCUCCACAAGCUUAGGGAGAGGCGCAUUUUCAACCUUGUUGUUCAGGACAAGGACCGCCAGAUCAUGUCCCUUCACCUCCUCUUGCAGAAGGAAAGAGAUUCCACAAAGGAAGUAAAAAGGAAAAAUGAAGAGAUGACAGCAAAAUUAUACUCCCUUGCAAGCCAAAAGAUAGAGCUGAGUAACAGGAUCAUUGAGAUGGAAUCCAUGUCAGAUUCCCUUAAAGAGGAACAGAGAAUCCUGGAGUCAGCACUCGAGGAGAAGCAGAAUGAGAUUAAAAUAUUAAGAGAGAAGGAGAUGGAUUCAACCAAGGCAAUCUCUCAAGUAACAGCUCUAACACAACUCUUACAGCAGAAAGAAUAUGAAAUUGAGGAAAUGAAGCACCACCUCAAAAGCACUGCUCAUAUCUGGUCACCAAGUAUUGAUGAUUCAUCAAAUCCACCUACAAAUCUAACUGCAACAAGGAAUAUAGUCAGUGAAGUUGAAAAUAAGGUGGAUAAGAAGAAAGUGGAUGGUGCCAUUGCUAAAGAGGGGGGACUUCAAGAAUCUAAGAAUGCCAAAGAUGGCCAGAAUCUAACAAUGCACGAAGGAAGGAUUGAAAAUGGAAAAGAUGAUAUAGGGCAGACAGAAAUUCUAAGAGAAGGCUUGUUGCAGAAAUUGGAAAAUAAUAUGGAUGGUGAAAGUUCUGAAGAACAAGGUGAAAAUGGUAAAAGGAUUUCAGAUAAGAGUCAAGGAAUGGGAGAAAAUAAAGAUGAGAAGUUUGAGAAGCCUAGAGGUUUUCAAGAUGGUGAAGUUUCCAGAGUGGCAAGUACAAUGAAUAACAGAACUAAUGACGGAAACUCUCAUGAUUCUCAAGUCUCGGAAACUAAAAAUGAAUAUGGUGAUUCAAAAGUAAUGGACAGUAAAGAACAUGACACCAUCAGAGAUGAACAGCCCAAAAGACUCCACUAUGGCAAAGGUCGGGAUCCUGAUGUGGUUGCUAAUGAUAGGAUAAAGUUAGAAAUGGCCAAUGGCUCUCAAAAUGGUGACGGUUCUAGCAUGAGAGGAAUACAUGGUUCCAGAAGUAAGAUGAAGGGUAAGAGAUGGAGAAUGGUUUCUGAAAAUAGGGAAUUGAAGAAGAAUCCGUCGGAUGGUAUUGGUAUGGACUUACGGUCUAGAACCUCCGAUAAAGAUGAAGCGAAAACAGGCAAAAAGAGACAGAUGUCAGAAAUUGGGAAUUUGGAAAGGUUUAUGAGCUACCAAGUUGAUAAAAAAGGCCUGAAUACGAGAGAUGAACAUGCUCAUGGAGAUACAGUUGCGAAUGAAGAACAGGGAAAUGGGCAACUGGAAAUGAUUGAAAGGUCUAAAACUGUUGAAAUAAGAACGAAUGACGAUAACCAAAUAAGAUUGGAGGGUAAAGAGGAGAAAGAACUUCCAAAUAGAGGAAGAUCAGAGAUGCCCAAGAAUUCCACAGGUCGAAGUUCUCAACAUGCUGAACAUUUGAUGGUCGAUGAUACAAGUGCCAGUACAGUUCAUCAAGAGGGGAGGAAUGGCGAAGUUAUUUCUAAAAAUGAGAAAUUGGUAAAGCCACAGAGCUCUCUUUAUGGAGAAGGGUUAAUCAGAAAUGUCAUUGAUGAGGCUGAAGGACGUGCUGUAAACGUCUUUGAACAGCCAGUGGACCAAGAAGCAGGUAGUAUUCGAAGGCAAGACAUGAUAACAACUACAACCAACAACAGAGAAAGUUCAGAGAAAGCCACUGGAUAUGAAGAGCAAACAACUCUGGAGGUUGCCCAUAUUGGUGAACAAGAAGAAGCAAAUGAUAUUGAAGCUGAUGAGGAGGCAAAUGGAGGGAAGGAUGGCGAGACUGAAUUCUAGAUGACAACCACGGGUUUUCCUACCAAGCUGUAAUGUUUUCACACUUCGUAGGAGGAUUUUACUUAUUUAGGCAGAAAGAAAAUUUUCACUUACAUGAGUCAGUUUGACAAUCGCUGAUGUGGCUGAAUUGAACGACUUAUAGCCUUGUGUUUUUAGUGAUCAAAUAAUAAAAUAUUUGCAGGAAUAGUAAGCAACCAA